GAGGAGCUGGUGGGGGAAGAGGAGAGACUUGCAGGGGGCAGGAGAGAGAGAUUUGACCCCCCCCCCGGCCGGUACCCGUCGCGAGCCCCUGACAGGGAGAGGCAGAGCCUGCCCAAGUCCUGCCCACCUUCAGCAACUCAUUGAGGUCCGAGAUCUCCAGCAGUGUCAAGCCAGCGAUGUCCUGCACCAGCUGCCGGAUCUUGGGCGGAUAGUCCUUCGGGGCGUUAUCCAAGGGGGCGCUGGCCAGGGCUUCGGCCCUUCGGGGGCAGCCGGUCCUCAGCAUCCUCCCAGCGCAGACUCCCGGCAGCGGCUGCCUGUCGAUGGAAAGAGAGGCCCGGCUGGGCCAUCUGUGAGGAGAGCCAGCCCUGUCAGGCAGGAGCAGAAAUCCAGGCAGCACCAUUCUAGUGGCAGCCUCAAGCCCUGUGGUCAGUGGCAGAAGAUGCUGGUGUCUCCCAUGGCAGAGAGGAAUAAGGAGCUGAUCCUGGAGGUACUGGCUGACUACGUGGAUAAUACAAGCCAAGCCUUUGGGCUGGAGCUGGCCUCUGGGACUGGGCAACAUGUGGUGCAUUUUGCCCAAGCCCUGCCUAAUGUCACCUGGCAGCCUUCAGAAAUCAGCCCGUCUGCCCAUGAGAGCAUCUCUGCCUACAUCAGAGCCACCAAGGUGCAGAACGUGAAGAAGCCACUGGCCAUUGACGUUUCUCAGCCCUGGGACCAGUGGGCAGGCUUGAGCCAGGGCUGCUGCAAUGUCAUCGUCAUCAUCAACCUGCUGCACUUCCUUGCCCAAGGCCUGGAGGUACUCUUCCAGGGUGUGGGCCAGCUGCUGAAGCCCGGGGGAGUUUGCCUGAUCUACGGGCCCUUUGCCAUCAAUGGGAUCAUCAGCCCUGAGUGCAACGUGGAGCUGGAGGAGAAGCUCCAGGAGAGGAAUCCAGCCUGGGGGCUGCGGGAUGUGGAGGAGCUGCGGCAGCUGGCCACCCCCAACGCACUGCGCCUCGAGCGCAUGCUGGAAAUGCCAGAAUACACCAAAUGCCUGAUUUUUCGGAGGAGGGAGCUGGAGAUGGCGUAGGCCCAGCUGGGCUGCAGGAUGUUUGAGCAUGGCUGCCUGAAGCCCAUGGGAUACGGACACCCAAGAAUAAAUGCUUUUAAAUUAA